AUGAAAAAUGAGAGAAAAAUUCCAGAUAUCAAUCAUUAGAUAACAUUUGAUGAAUUAAAUAAAUUAGAAUUAAAUUAUUUUACAUUACCAAAAGUUAAGAACUAGAAAUUGGAUUAUAAUGACCUCAACCUUAUCAAUAGGAAAUCGAGCUAUAUAUCUAAAAUCCAGUACAUAUUGAAUAAAAGUUUUAUUGGAGAUGUGCAAAUGAUUCUUAAAAAUGAAAUCGCACGUGAAUAUAUCCCAAAAAAGUUUUUGAUCAGUUAAAUUUUUGAAAAAGAUUCUAAUUCUAGAUUAUUAUAUCGCCAUACUCAGCCUGAAUGGAAGAAAGCAAUUUAAGAGUUGACUCAAAAUAAUUUAGUUAGCGUAAUGAAAGAGUUGCUUAGGGAUAUGCAAGAAUUAUAGGCUGAAGUAAGUAACUUAGAUGAGGAAGUCUAAAAUCACAUGAUUGAUCUUAACUCAUUGAUAAAUAAUUUUAAAAGUACAAAUUAAUUGAUAAUUUCAUUGGGCCGAAAUGAAGAUGAAAUAAAGAACCUGAUUCAAGAAAUAUCUCAAUUCACCAAAAAAAUGGAGUAAGAACGAAGACAACAAAGAAAAAAAAAAAUCAAAAAACCUGAAGUGUUAAACAUUGAACCUGCUAAAGGUUAUUAAGAGUGCAUCGAAAAUUAUAAAGUAGUACAAUUGAAGAGAAAGUUGUAACUUGAUACCUGUAAUUGUUAAAUCAAUCCAAUAUAUGUUGAAUAAAGAUUCAAAAUUAAAAAGUAUAAUGAAGAAGAGAAAAUCGCUUAAGAGUUAAUUUAUGUCAAUUCCUUAAAUAAUUUAAAUUCGAAUGUUAUAGUGAGGUCGAUGAGUUUCUUAAGAAUAAUAGAGGAUGGUAUGAAGUGUUAUUACUUUUCGGUUCUUAGGGAUCUCGUAAAACUCGAGAGUUAAGAAUUAUAUAGAAUAAAUUGUGGGAACAAUACCAUUCAUAGAGCUGGAUUCUUAUUUAUAUAUCUUUAUCUUCAGAUCCAUUUGAUAAGAAAUUAAAAUAGAGUUUUAGAAAUGAUGAAUAUUAUAAUGAUUUUCUAAAGGCAGUCAACUCAAAAGAAAUAAAGGUUUUAUUUUUACCAGAUAAUAUAGAUGAAGUAAGAUAGUCAUUUUAAAAUAGAAUUUAAUUAAAAUCAACUUUCAACAUUUAGAUAUUGACAAAAAGUUGAUUGAAAAACUGUGAAAUUCAUUGCUUCAGCAAGAUCUGAGCUUAAAGACUUAUAAAAUUAUAAGUUCUAUUUCUCCUAUAAUCAUAAUAACAUAAAUUUGAUGACUGAAAUCUAAUUAUUGCCAUUUAAUGACGAUUAAAGAUAACAAUAUUUUUAAUUGAAUCACUAAAUAAGCAUCAAAAAAUAAUAUUAUUUAAUCAUUUUAUAAAACAUAGUAAUAACUAAGAUCAUUUUGAAAAUAUAUGGUAAAACCUUGAAAAAGAUAUUCAGAAAUUCAUUAAACAACAAGAGCGUGAACUCAAAUAUCUUAUGA